CUAGCUAGCUAGAUUAGUGAAACAAAGGGCAUAUCUACUGAACGUUCACACCAAAUUGUCGUGGUAGAAAAGGAGAGAAUAAAGAAAACAAAAUGAAUUGCAAAUAUUACUGUGACAGGACGCUCGGUUGGAUGUUGAAUAACAAAAUUAUUGUGUUUUUAAGUUUGCUGUGCUUCUGUUUGUUCGUGUCAACGUUGGUGCUAUCGAGCCAGAGAAACAGUUUGAGAGAUGAAGUAAAUGGUCUUCGAGCGCAAUUAGAUAAUUUGACCACAACUACUGAAGCACCUACAACUCCAACUACACCUACAACACCGAAACCCGAAGAAAAUCCCCAACAAAAGCCUGAAGAAAAGCCUGAAGAAAAGCCCGAAGAAAAGCCUGAAGAAAAGCCCGAAGAAAAGCCUGAAGAAAAGCCCGAAGAAAAGCCUGAAGAAAACCCCGAAGAAAAACCUGCAGGUGAAACCGGAAAAAGUGAAAGGUCUUUGAAUCGUAUUUCGGCAGAGGAAGAUGAAUAUCUCGACCAAUUUGUUGAAGACAGUAAGCUGAUAAGGGCUAUUCGACCUUAGUGUUUUUAGUUGUAAAUUGUGAAUAAGUAAUAAAUUUUUAAUCAAAGAUUAUAUAAUUUUUUUGAGUAACUUUAUGGAAGUCACUUUCCCACAAAGUCAGAGCGAGUAAUACGACUUAUAUUAAGAAAUAGCUGACGCCCACAACUUUAUCUGAGUGAUGGUGGUAGUAGAUGUUCAAAAAUCCCGUGGGAACUCUUUGAUUUUCCGGGAUAAAAAGUGGCCUUUGCCACUUUCCAGGUCUUAAACUAUAUCCAUGUAAAAAUCAGGUCAACCCGUUGCUCCAUUACGGCGUGAUUGAAGGACAAACCAACAACCAAACACACUUUUGCAUUUAUAAUAUGGGUAAUGAUUUCAGAAUUAGAAGAUCCGAGUGUUCAAAUAUACUCUGACGGCUUUUGUACCUACUGGGUUGCUAAAGUAUGGACAUGUACUCUGGUUUCAUUAUAUUCGGCCGGGUAUAUUGCAAGUUCCCAAUAUAUUUUGUAUUUUUUUUAUUUUAUUUACUUGGAUUAACAAACAGUAGCACACAGUUUUAGGCCAUUUCUCUGGCUUUACUGCGUGGCUUUCAGUUAUCAAGGCCCUUGUGCACUAGCUCGACAUUAAUUCGAGAUUUUGAGAGCAUAUUGAAUUGAACUUGAGCAUUGAGAUAAAUUGUGAUUGUUUAGUAUUUUAUUAGGUAGGCAUUUUAUUUAUGGCUGUAUUGAACCAGAAUAGAGUACAAAUACCCUUACAAUUAAGGUUUAUUUAGACGGGCCACACCACAUUCACACAAAAACCUUUUGUGUACGGCGACAUUUUUGCUGCUAGCUGGCACUGGUGUAUUUGUAGUCGUGGCCCGUCUAAAAGGACCUUAAGGCAGUAGGCAUUUUGCUAUGUUGCAAUUAAAAUUACAAAUUGUGCAAUAAUAAUCAUACUAUUAUUAUUAUUUUCGGUUUUUUAUGAUGCCUAUAUGGGAUA